UAAACUUUUCAGUACCAUUUUACGGGUCCUUCGUGGCAUUGUCAAAGACAUGACUAUUCUAAGACAUCCUCCCGCCUUAAUUUUAGCCCUGGAAAUUCAUGCUGAAUGUUGGAGGAGAAGCAAACUUCAACGUACUGGUGCCUUUUACUAUACAAGCAGCAGGAUACUCGCUGCAGACAGCCCCCUGGUGCCUCUCCGGGGCCGGAAUAUGUAACUUCUUCUCCAGACUAACCGUCUCCUUCCUUUCUGACUAUUCUUGGUUCAGCAUGAGACUCUGUUAUUUGAUAGGACUGGCUACCAUGAGCACCGCAAUCAUUGUAUUUACAUUGCAGGAGGAGGUGGUGUGGCUGACUGGAGUGAUGAGUGUGUGGGGGAUUGCAGCAGGCUCCUUCCAUGGCCUUAGCAACCUUCUCAUGGUCAGGAUCGUCGGGGUGUCUAACACCACGGCUAUGUUCGGGGCCAGGAAUUUCAUGAUGGCCUUCGGGUUCUUCACUAUUGGUCCCUUGAUCGGUGUGGUUCGUGACGCCAGCGGUAGCUACAUUAUCACAAUGUGGGUGCUGUCUGCUAUGAUCUUCACCAGCUGCAUCCUCUGGUUAUUCAUGCCUGCCGCCCAGGCCUACGACCAACGCCUAAGGAAAGAGAUAGGGGAGAAGGCGGAUGCUUCCCUCGUGUGAACUCUUUUAAAUCUUAUUAUAUUGUAAAAUUGAAUAAUCAUGAAUAUGGAUACAUGUGCGUGGGUGCCAUUACCAACAAACUGGAGCUUUGGGUACUAUGACCAAUGUAUUCCGCUGGCUUCGGUUCCCCCAAGAACUUAAAUAUCACGUCAGGUGAUGUGAAUGUCUUAUGUAAAGAAUACAUGUUGCAUUAAUUAUAUCCAUAUAAUAUGCUAAGCUGGACGAAAGCUGACAGCAUCUAAAUCGUGUUCACUCUGACAGAGGAAUGACAACCAUGCCAGGGCGUGCUGAUGAGAGUCCAGGAUUCUUUGAAAAGUAUAUUAAAUAAUAUUCUUCAGUUCAAUUCGUGACAGACUGUUUAUUGAUCACAGGUCCAUCAAACUCCCUGCAAAAGAGUUAAUGUCCUUCAGAAAUAAAUUGGUUCAGGUUGGGCAGAAUCAAGUCUUCCCAAGUACCGAUUAGUACUGAUUUUGUCUUCUAAACUGUCAAGGUUAAAACCAAUAAUUAGAGGACUUAAGACAACCUAACCACAUGCAGAUUUGACUAGGAAAGAAUUAAACUCGGUGAGAUUAAGUAACUAUUCUUUUAAAGUCAUACAAAUCAAAAGAAAGCUAAUUAUGAACAACUCGGGAAAGAUAUUGUAUGCCUGUGAGGUAGAGGUACGAGGUAGUGUAGAAAUAGCAGUAGUGAGUGAGGGUGUUGGAAGGUGGAGACCAAGUGUUCUCUUAGCAGCUUGUAGGAUUGAUAAAGUACCUCGUUAUCAAGAGAGGAGAUUAUAAAAUACUAAGGUUAGUGGAGAUAACCAGAUCGAUAUUCAGGGGUUAAACUCUUAACAAUUUACUAUAAACAACUACUGUAAAUAUUUAAGAUUAUGAAAGACCUAAAUACAAAUUUACCAAACUUAAAUUUAAAAGAAAAAAAAAUCGGUGAUAUAUAAUAGUCUAGCAUAUUAAAUUCGUUUUCUUAAACUAUUGUUGGCAUCAGUUUUCUUUCUAUAAAUUUUGGGUGAACGAAUAUAUUUUAUUUAGGGACCCGUUAAGUUUGAUCAUCACUAUAUUUUAUUAAUACAGCCUAUGUACAGUUGAUUUUGGUUCUCCCCGAGGUGGAAACCUGGUGGUGGUGGUGUUUGCAUUGUCCUUUGACCAGUGUUUAGGUAACUGUCUAUUUCUGUUAAAUUUUAACACACCCGCCUGUGUGCGGGUGGUAGGUGGGUCUCAUGAAGAUCUGGUAAACUAGUACGAUAUGAUGUGCUGUGACACAGACGUUAUUGUUAA